UCACUAUACGGCAAACGGAUACACACCAAAUAGCCAGAAGUUACGAGAAGGGGCUGCUUAUAGCGCGAGACUCCGUUGGCAGCUGCUUGAACGAACCAUAACAAAUAUUUCUAAGAUGCUAGCAAUCGAUGGACGCUGGUCGAUCAGAUUGACAAACUCAAAGAUGGUAGGGGGUUGUGGAAGAGGAUUGGAUAUGGAUAUUUGAAAAUUAUGAAAAAAAAAUUUUUGUAACUAUUUUGUAAUAUUCAUAAAUUAAAACAAUUCCUAGUGAGUGUAGUGUGGUCAUCGAUCAUAAACAGUUCAUGGCAUUACAAGUGAAGUGGUGUAGGUGUGCAUCUACCAUAGUGUUUAUAUUUCCUGUAGCGAGCAAUAUUUUUCAUGCAAUUGUGUUGUUGUAUGUUGAAGGGCCACUCUUUAAGGAUUCGGUAUAAAACCUGCUAUAUUCUGCUGAUGUCCACUGGUUUCUCUAGCGUAGACGGUUAUGAGUAACGAAAAGGGAGCAUGCCGGUUUAGGAAGCAGAAUACAUACCGGUAUUGUGUAAAUGUUCGAUAACAGAAUGUUUUCAGGGCAGUAAGUAUUAUUUGACUGCUAUGAGUAUUACUUAUUAUCAGUUGAUAAUCACUGACAUGGCUGGAGGCGUGCAGCUGUUACAGAAUCCCAAAGUUGAAAAUCUUCCAUAAGUUUGAAGGGUUGACUUUUACUUGUGUUGUGUUACACUUGAAGAAUGAACUUAUCCACUGUAUAAAUAACGACAGUCUACAGUGAAUAUUUUGAACAGUAUUCAGUUGCAACGCAGCUGUAAAAUCUAUUCAUUAAUACUUUAGAAAUGUAUUUACUGUAUUGAUGCUUUUUUUCGAGCGUUGAAUAACAGAUUAAGAGCUUUUCUAGACCUCUGACAAAUAAUACAUCAUGAUAAUUAUUUCUCUCUAAUAAUGUCCUAUGAGAAGCGAGAUUCUUAAUUUAUGUUAAUAUACUGAAAAAUUGCAUCAGUAGCACAUCUUCCAGUAAACUACUUAAGGAUAAUAAUAUUGUAUAGAAAGAGUGCCAGGCAAAGCGAUUCCAUCUCAACUAACGCAUUAUCUCCACCAGUAAAGGAAACUUUUAAGAAGUAUUAAGAGGAAAAUGGGAGGAAUAGUACAUGUUAUUGGAAAAUACAUGAAUUUCUUUGAUUUUAUUGAUCAUUUAUCUUAUGCCUCUAGUACAGAAAAUCAUCAGUGAAUGGAAGAAAGUGAAUAGGGCAAGAUCGAAAUUGGGCUUGAAAAUCUACUGUAGCAGAGGAUUGUGUUUAAUGAGCACAUCAUAAAAAAUUACUGGUAGUGAAGUUACACAAAAGCAGAUGAUUAGAUUUGAGGAGGAAUGAAUGAAUAGCAACAGAAUUUUAGGGAAGAGGAAAAAUAUUAGCUGGAAUGAUUUUGAUAAACCAUGUAGGGUUUUCAGACCUAAGAUUCACAUGUGUCUGAACAUGACAGUUUAUGAUGACUUUUAGUGCAGAAAUGGAGGGCUGUUCAGAGAUCAAUGGAAAGACACAUGUUUGGAAAUUAGUGAGAGAGGUAAUACAAAUAAAUGAUUCAGGGAACAGACUGGACUGGACAAUAUAAUUAAUUCUUUCUUUUAUUGUUAAUUUAUUCUUCCAAGGAUCACAUUACAGUGAUAUUGGCUUUGUCAUCAUGGUGCAAUGAAAAUAAAUAGCUUAAAAAUAUACAUCCACUCAGAAUAUUCAAGUAUUCUUUAUGAGGAUGGGUCAGUCAUGUCCUUGAUGAAGAAACGAUACCAGCAUUUACCUGAAAUGAUUUAGGAGAACCUAAAUCAAAAUGACCAGAUGAGGAAACUCCAUCCUGCUGAAUAUGAGUGCACAAGAACACCCCCUAGUGACCGCAGACCAAGAGCUUGCUGCUGUGCCUCUUGCACCAAUUCCGGACCCUUCAGAAAACUGGUUCCGUAAAUGUGCCACUGUUCACCAUGUAUGUCUUCAUGUUCAUCUGUCAGUAUACCUGAAAAACUGAGUUGGCAUCCUCCAUGAUAAGUAAGGCAUUUUUGAAACAAGAAGAAAGUAAAUAAGUGAGAAUGUUUUCCAUAUGUAAGUUAACUCAUCCUGCCACAGCUGUGGAACAUGCAUUGACAUGUCAUUUUUUUAAUAAGACUGAGAAAUCUCUUGUGGUCGCUGGUGCCAAUAUUAUCCGUGUGUUUCGGCUAAUUCCUGAUGUUGAUCCUAAUUCAAAGGAAAAAUUUACAGAAAACAGACCACCAAAAAUGAAACUGGAAUGUUUAGCCACAUACACAUUGUUUGGGAAUGUCAUGUCAAUGCAGGCUGUUAGCCUUGCUGGCUCCUCGAGAGAUUCUUUACUUCUUAGCUUUCGUGAUGCAAAGCUAAGUGUUGUUGAAUAUGAUCCAGAGAUCCAUGACUUGCGGACACUGUCUCUACACUAUUUUGAAGAAGAGGAGAUGAGGGGUGGCUGGACUCAUCAUUACCAUAUUCCAAUGGUCCGUGUCGAUCCAGAGGGUAGGUGUGCAGCUAUGCUGGUGUAUGGACGCAAACUGGUGGUUCUGCCUUUCAGGCGAGAAACAGCUCUGGAUGAUCCAGAUUUGGUGUUGCUUGGGGAGGCCUCAAAACCCAUAAUAGGUUCAGCUGUAAAUUCUCAGAAUGCAAAUGCAAGUUCUAAACUUCCUGUUUUGGCAUCAUACAUGAUUGUUUUGAAAGAACUUGAUGAAAAAAUGGAUAAUGUCAUUGAUGUGCAGUUUCUUCAUGGUUACUAUGAGCCGACUCUACUGAUUUUGUAUGAACCAGUGAAAACAUUUCCAGGUCGCAUUGCUGUGAGGCAGGACACAGUAUCUAUGGUGGCAAUAUCUUUAAAUAUUCAACAGAAAGUUCACCCAAUAAUUUGGUCAGUAUCAAACUUACCAUUUGACUGUGUCCAGGCCAUUCCUGUACGGAAACCUCUUGGAGGUACACUCAUUAUGUCUAUCAAUGCUCUUAUAUAUCUCAAUCAAAGUGUACCUCCAUAUGGAGUAUCCUUGAACAGUAUUACGGACGUCAGCACAAAUUUUCCUUUGAAGGUACAAGAGGGUGUGAAGAUAACUUUAGAAGGAGCGCAAGCUUCUUUUAUCUCUCAUGACCGGUUGGUUAUCUCUCUGAAAGGAGGAGAACUUUAUGUUCUCACCUUAUAUGCUGACAGUAUGAGAAGUGUUCGAAGUUUCCACUUUGAUAAGGCAGCAGCUAGUGUACUGACAACUUGCACAUGUGUUUGUGAAGAUAAUUACUUAUUCCUGGGCUCUCGCUUGGGAAAUUCAUUGUUACUCAGAUUUACAGAAAAGGAGCAGUCAACAGUCUUUACACUUGAAGAAAAGACAUUUGCUCCCAAACAAGAAGCAGCUAAGCCAGAUCAAGCUGCUAAAAAGAGAAGGCUUGAUACCUUAGGUGACUGGAUGGCAUCGGAUGUGGCAGAUAUUAGAGAUCUGGAUGAGCUGGAAGUAUAUGGCAGUGAAACACAGACUUCAGUUCAUAUUGCUUCCUAUGCAUUUGAGGUCUGUGAUAGCCUCCUUAAUAUAGGUCCAUGUGGAAACAUAUCGAUGGGUGAACCAGCUUUUCUUUCUGAGGAAUUUUCAAGUAUAGAAGACCCUGAUAUAGAACUAUUUACCACUUCUGGGUAUGGUAAAAAUGGAGCCUUGUGUGUUCUUCAGCGAUCCAUAAGACCUCAGGUUGUUACAACUUUUGAGCUUCCUGGGUGCAUUGACAUGUGGACAGUAAUUGGAAAUAAAGAUGUUGCAGAUGAUUCAUUAAAAGGAGAAAAUGAACACACACAUGCUUUCAUGAUUUUGAGCCAGCAAGAUUCCACAAUGAUUUUGCAGACUGGUGUGGAAAUUAAUGAAGUAGACAACUCUGGUUUCAGUACACAAGGACCAACUGUUUAUGCUGGAAAUCUUGGUUAUAAUAGAUUCAUUAUACAGGUUUCACAGAUGGGUGUCCGGCUGCUUCAGGGUUUAGAUCAGAUUCAGCACAUUCCAUUGGAUUUAGGUUCUCCUAUAGUACAUGCUUCUUCUGCUGAUCCUCAUGUUGUAAUUUUGAGUGAAGAUGGUCAAGUGAUAUUGCUCACGUUACGUGAAUCACGGAAUCAAGGAAGGCUUAGUGUUACAAGACCUUCUGUCUCAAUGAAACCAUACAUCAUAACUCUGUGUGCAUAUCGUGAUGUUAGUGGUUUAUUUUCUACAUACAUUGCUGAGGAAGAACCUGAGAUAAAAACUGAGAAAGAAAAAAUUGAAGAUGCUGUAAAAAAGGAAGUGGAUGAUGAAGAUGAAAUGCUGUAUGGUGAGAGUGAUACACCAUUAUUUGACAAAAGUACUACUCAAGAAAAACAAAAUCACUUGGGAGGUACAGCUGGUGAGAAGGAUACUCCGUGGUGGAAAAAAUAUCUUCAAGAAGUUAAACCUUCAUAUUGGGUUUUCCUUGCGAGAGAAAAUGGAAACCUGGAGAUAUACACAUUGCCUGACUUCCGGUUAAGUUACGUUGUACGUAAUUUUGGACAAGGCCUUCGGGUGCUGUCUGACAGCCUCGGAGCAGUGCCAACUCCGGUCACAGGUGGUGGUUCAGCUGGAACUGCAACAGAGAAUGCAUCACCAAGUGGUACAUCCACACCAGGAGUAGAUGCCAUAGUUAGAGAAAUCUUGGUAGUGGCACUAGGUCAUCAUGGCAGCCGUCCACUCCUGCUUGUCAGGCUUGAUGAUGAACUACUGUUGUAUGAAGCUUACCGUUAUCCCCGUGGCUAUUUGAAGAUGCGUUUCCGACGGAUGCCACACAAUGUUCUAGUGCAUGAGAGGCGGUCUAGAACAAAGAAGAAAACUGCAGAUGGUGAUACCUAUUUAGAAAGUAGAGUAUGCCAGUUGAGAUACUUCAGCAACAUUGCUGGUUAUAAUGGGGUGUUUGUAUGUGGUCCAUACCCCCAUUGGCUGUUUCUCACAUCGAGAGGAGAACUUCGAACACAUCCAAUGAGUAUUGAUGGAGCUGUCACUUGCUUUGCACCAUUUCAUAACAUUAAUUGUCCACAAGGAUUCCUCUAUUUCAAUAGAAAGGCUGAACUCCGUAUCUGUGUGUUGCCUACUCAUCUGUCAUAUGAUGCACCAUGGCCUGUUAGGAAAGUUCCAUUACGGUGCACUCCUCACUUUGCUACAUACCAUCUGGAAAGCAAGACAUACUGUGUUGUUACAAGUUUAGCUGAGCCUACAAAUAAAUAUUAUAAGUUCAAUGGGGAGGACAAGGAACUAACAAUUGAGGAGCGGAAUGAGAGGUUUCCUUUGCCACUGCAAGAAAGGUUCAGCAUUCUCCUCUUCUCUCCUGUUUCCUGGGAGGUCAUCCCUAACACAAAAAUGGAGCUUGAUGAGUGGGAACACGUGACUUGCCUUAAAAAUGUUAGUCUGGCAUAUGAGGGGACAAGAAGUGGAUUAAAAGGCUACAUAGCUGUUGGAACAAAUUACAAUUAUGGUGAAGAUAUAACAAGUAGAGGACGGAUUCUAAUAUUUGAUAUUAUUGAAGUUGUACCAGAACCAGGACAACCCCUUACCAAGAAUCGAUUCAAAAUGGUGUAUUCCAAAGAGCAGAAAGGACCUGUCACUGCUAUAACACAUGUUGUUGGUUUCCUGGUAUCAGCAGUUGGUCAGAAGAUUUAUAUAUGGCAGCUAAAGGAUAAUGAUCUAGUUGGGGUGGCCUUUAUUGACACUAAUAUUUACAUCCACCAACUCCUAAGUAUAAAAAGCUUGAUAUUAGUUGCUGAUGUAUACAAGUCCAUUAGCUUACUUCGCUUCCAGGAAGAGUACAGGACACUUUCUCUCGUUAGCAGGGACUUCAGACCAGCUGAAGUUUACACCUGUGAGUUCCUGCUGGACAAUACACAAAUGGGAUUUUUGAUAGCUGAUGGUGACAGAAAUGUUGUCUUGUACAUGUAUCAACCAGAAUCCAGGGAAAGCUUUGGAGGUCAACGGCUCCUUCGCAAGGCUGACUUCCAUUUAGGACAACAUAUAAACACAUUUUUUAGAAUUAGAUGCAAAGUGAAUGAUCUCACAAGAGAUAAAAUUCAUCUGAGUGGAGCAGAAAGAAGACACAUAACAAUGUUUGCAACUUUGGAUGGUGGCUUAGGGUAUGUACUCCCUGUACCUGAAAAGUCUUACAGGCGUCUGCUUAUGUUACAAAAUGUGCUUGUGAGUCAUUGUUGCCACACUGCAGGAUUAAAUCCAAAAGCAUUUAGGACAUACAAGAGCUCAAUAAAGCUUCUAAGUAAUCCUGCCAGAGGAAUAAUUGAUGGGGAGUUGGUCUGGGCAUUCUUAGGUCUGCCCACACCUGAGAAACAUGAAGUUGCCAAGAAAAUAGGAACCAAAGUGGAUGACAUUGUUGAAGAUUUAUAUGAUACUGAAAGACUGACAGCCCAUUUUUAAUUAUUUGUGAAAUGAUGCUAUUUCUAGUAGCAUAUUUGUAUUUAAUGUACCAUUGAAAUAUCGACUCAUUUUGUUAAUUCAUCUUUUUCAUAAAUUUUCAUACAGUUUUUAAAAAAAAGUAUUAUGAGUUUUAAAAAAUAUUAACGUUUCCUAUAUCUUUCUUUUCCAUUAGACUUAGAAACUGAAGAGCAUAACUAACAAGAAGCCAGGCAAAUUGAACCACAUGUUCCAAGACGUAUGUUGCAGUUGAAAACUUUGUAAGAGUGCAUAUUGCUGUGGACAACAGCUAUUUGCUUAAUUAUGUGUGAGUAAU